UGAAUUAAAAUUUAAUAUAAUAUUUUUUAAUUAUAUUAAUUAAUUAUUAAUACCUACUAGGUAUUGUGUAUUCAAUAUCUCCUGUGAUUUUCAUAAAAAAUUCUUGAAGUUUCUUUUUUUUAGAUCAUAAUCGUUAAACAAAUUUUUUUUUAAUAUGGCUUCAGCAGAUCCAAUGGGUCUUUCUAAGACUUGGGAACUUUCACUGUAUGAAUUGCACAGAUCUCCUCAAGAAGCUAUUACAGAUAAUACUGAAAUUGCUGUUUCCCCGAGAAGUCUUCAUAGUGAGCUUAUGUGCCCAAUAUGUUUGGAUAUGUUGAAAAAAACAAUGACAACUAAAGAGUGUCUCCAUAGAUUCUGUUCAGACUGUAUUGUAACUGCCCUUCGUUCAGGUAAUAAAGAAUGCCCUACUUGUCGCAAGAAAUUAGUAUCUAAACGUUCUUUACGUCCUGAUCCAAAUUUUGAUCUUCUUAUUUCUAAAAUUUAUCCCAGCCGUGAUGAAUAUGAAGCUCAUCAAACUAGAGUGUUGGAAAAACUUAAUAAAAGUCAUAGUCAGGCUAAUUUAGUACAAUCAAUAAAUGAAGGUAUUAAAUUACAAACUCAAAACCGUUUACAACGAACUAAGAAGAACCAGCAUGAAGAUCAAAAUGAAAACAGUUCAACAAUUACAUCAAAACCUUCAAAUUCAAAUAAUUCCAGUCAAAGUAGAGAUAAUGUGACUAGAACAAUGGUACAAACUAAGGUGGCUAAAAAAAUGAAAUCUGUUAUGAUAUCUGAAAAAGAAGGACCAGCUUCAGUUGUUGAUACCUCAGAUAUUACAGAAUGUGAUGGUACAUCCAAAGGAAUAUCAGUAGAUGAGAUAGAACUAGUAUUUAAACCUCAUCCUACAGAAAUGGCUAGUGAUAACCAUUUAAUAAGAGUGUUGAAAGAAAACUCUAUUCGUUAUAUUAAAACUACAGCAAAUGCUACUGUUGAUCAUCUGAGUAAGUAUUUGGCUAUGCGAUUAACUUUGGAUCUUGGGCCAGAACUUCCAGAACGUGCUCUCAGUUUCUUAAUCUAUGUUGCACCUACUGCAGAUCAAUUUGUACCACUCAGUGGUAACCAAACACUCCGCAUUGUACAUGACAAGUUUUGGAAAGUUAAUAAACCUCUAGAAAUGUUCUACUCUUUUACGUAAAUUACAUUUUCUUGAUACAUAUGAAAAUAUAAAUUUAUUUAUAAGCAAAAGUACCUUCAUUUCGCCACAUAUUGUUGUGAAGUUAAUAUUAAUUAAAUUUUCUUUGCUAUAUGAUUAUUUUGGCAUUUUAUAUU